AAUAACGAUUUGUAAUUUGAGUUAAUUUAACAAAGGUCUGCAAAUUUAAUUGGACACACAAAAUUCAAAUUCUGAUCAAACUCCGUUGGUCGGAAGCAGACGGAUAUGUUAUCCCACUUCACUUCCAUUUCAUGCUUCUGCUCGGUGCGGCAAUCCUUCCACGCGCCGCCGUCUCACCAUCCCCAAACCCAUGCGUUUUGCUGUCGUCAGAAGAAGAGCAAGGAGCGGUUCUCGCUGUCACCGGCGGCGCUCCCUUUCGACCUCUCCCCUCCUCCCAUCGACCUCGACCCGCUGGAGACAGUGACUUUUCCUGAAGAAGAUGGAACAACAGAUACAUACGCCAGUGCAGAUGAGGCACUGGAUGCAUUUGUAAAUGGUGCAGUGGUUGUGGAUCUUUCAGAGUAUGGUCGAAUAAGAGUCAGUGGGGAAGAUCGUAUUCAGUUUCUUCACAAUCAAACCACUGCAAACUUUGAAUGUCUUGGUGAAGGCCAGGGAUGUGACACAGUUUUUGUGACACCAACAGCUCGGACUAUUGAUAUUUCACAUGCAUGGGUCAUGAACAAUGCAGUUAUUCUGGUUGUCUCUCCAGUGACUUGUGGAAGCAUAACUGAAAUGCUGAAGAAAUACAUAUUUUUCUCUGACAAGGUGGAAAUUCAAGAUAUUACUAAACAGACCAGCAUGUGUGCAUUAUUGGGACCUAAAAGCAGCAAAAUAAUGGACGCAUUGAAUCUAGGAGAUCUUACUGGAAAAGCAUAUGGCUCUCAUAAGCAUUACAGUGUUGACGGGAUGGCCGUCACUGUGGCAGUAGGUAGUACCAUUUCAGUGGAAGGCUUCACAUUUAUGAUGUCUCCUGCUGCUGCAGGAUCAGUCCGGAAGGCUCUUACAGGUCAAGGGGCAGUUCCUAUGAGCCCUGAUGCAUGGGAGACAUUGAGGAUUCUUCAAGGAAGACCAGCUCCUGGGAAAGAACUCACUGAGGAAUUUAAUGUUUUAGAGGCUGGUCUCUGGAGGGCUGUUUCUUUGAAUAAAGGAUGUUAUAAAGGACAAGAGACCAUCGCAAGACUUGUUACUUAUGAUGGAAUCAAGCAGAGGUUUUGGGGGAUUCGUUUAUCAUCUCAAGUGGCACCAGGCAGCAUCAUUACUGUAGAUGGGAAGAAGGGGAAAACUGCAAAUAAAUUAGUCCAAGGAUGAGGAACAUUCUUCCAAAAUGCUAACUAUCUGCAGCCGUUGAUCGCUGCUGAGUUCAGCUGGAAACUCGACCAAGAACUUGAGCCUGAGGUCUCCUCUAUCACCUUGUCUGGAGAUAGGCAUGCCUUGUCCAGGUACGAUCUUCUCGUAUCCGGGAUAUAUGAUAUCAUCAAUGGACACCAUCAUCUGCCCUCCUCCUAAGAGAGGGAUUUGAAUGCUGCAUCCCGUGAGAGCCUGAACAAGAGGGACCUCGACCCCGAGUUCCAGAUCAUCGCUAUAUCGCUGGAACAAUGGAUGCUUUUUCUCGUCAACGGAGAAUAUCAAGUCGGCCGGGAGGGUCCCCGGCUUCUCAUCGCCCUUCCCUUCGAAGGUGAUCUUCGUGCCCUUCUUCCACCCCGGCUGCACUUGGAUUGUUAGUAUCUCUUCCUCUUCCACUAUUAACCUGUGGUCACAAUCUUGAUGAAUUACUGAUGAAUUUGUGAAGAAAUGAAAGAUGGAGAAGAAAAUCGUAUGGUACCCUGAAGUUGAGAUGGCAUCUCUUGUGAUCUUGAUCUUUUUGACACAUCCGAGGCACAGCUCCUCGAGGGUGCAUUCUAUCUUCUUCUCAACGGGGGGCGGCUUUACACGAGCCGCAGACUGUGAGAAGAAGAUGGGAGUGCUGCAUCUUCGGCUUGCUACUUUGGAGAAAGGCGGAGGAGGAGCAGGGGGAGGUGCAUUUCUUAUUGUGGGGCUGGUUAGCGGACUCGUACGGCUCGUUGUGCGCGAGAGGAGCGUUGGACCGGAGAUGUGGAAUUCGAUGCCUUUGUCGUAAUCGUGUGACUUCUUCUUCUUGUGUUUUGGCUUGCGUUCGCCAUCUUCCCCUCUGUUCUUGAGGAUCGCCUCCUCUCUUUUCUUCAGGCUAAGGGCCUGAAAAAACUCCUUCAGUUAAUCUCAAUUGUGAUCGAAUUACAUACGGUCGUUAAAGUUGGUGUAUUUACGUGCCGAUUCUAAAGUAGGAUGUGCAAAACCAAAAAAAUGGUGGCGUGCAUGGAGAUAUGCUUACCCUGUAGGCUUCAUUGAUGGAACAAAAUUUGGCUUGAGCUUCAGUUUUGUUGGAGGGAUUUCUGUCAGGAUGCCAUUUCAUCACCAGAGAUUUGUAUGCUUUACAAAUCUCUGAGAGGGAUGCUGAUUUUGAAAUUCCAAGAAUGCUAUACCAGUUUGAUGUUUGCGACUUUGAAGAAUCUCCCAUCUGCAGGGAGAAAAAUCGAGGGAGAGAGAGAGAGAGAGGGAGAGAGAGAAGAGAGAAAGAGGGAGAGAGAGAGAAGAGAUUGUGUUGAAAUGGGAAACAAAUGAGAUAAUUACCCACACCAGAGAUCCAAAUGCCACCUUCAACCGCUUUAUUAGGACCCAUUCUGAGGCAUCUUUUCUAUAUCAAUCCCAACAAAAGAGUAGGUAAAUAUUAUUAUUAUUAAAGAAA